AUGAUCAGGGAAAAAGCCGAAAGGUCCGAGUUCCGACGACUGGUGGAGCGCGCAAGAUAUAUGGAGCGAAUUCUGAAACACACGAUGAAAGGUAUCAAGCUGGAUACAGAAAGCUUGGGAAAGUUAGCAGAUGCCCUUGAUGCCGAUGAGGAGACUACACCCGCGGUUGUCUCUGACCCUCAACACUCGGAGGGACUGCGGUUAGAUGACGAGGCUUGUACAAUGGAACCAGUCGGUGAUAGCACAACUCCUGCAGACUUUUCCGGGGAAUUUUCAUACUGGAACUUUUCUAUGCGAAUUAAAAGUCGCAUAGAAAGCCACAUAAAAGAGACAGAGAGCCGAGUAUGUUUUAUGCUGGCCACCGUUGUUGACCUUCUGAACACAUUUUUCAAGUUCGCAGAGACACAUUACUUUUUCGCUGAGGAAUCCUGGGUCCUUGAAACAGUGAAUUCGUUGUACACCAAUCCUGAAAGCUUCUACAAGAAUGGCAGCGAAGUGACAAUUAGUAUACUUCUCACUGUCUUUGCCAUUGGAACACAAUAUUCCCAUCUUGAGUCUUCAAGACAAGGUUCUAUCAGCGCCCCGGGAUCAACAUUCUCAGAGGAUGAUGUAGGCGCCACAUUUUAUCAACAUGCAAUCCGUCUACUACCCGAGAUCAUCGAGAUAUCCUCUCUUGAGAGUGUGCAGGCGUGCUUACUAUUUGGUUACUAUGCACUCCCUGUUGAUGCCUCGGGUUUAGGCUUUAUUUACAUCAAUCUUGCUAUGCGGCUUGGAAUGCAGAACGGGAUGCAUCGAAAAUGCAAGAAUGAGGCCUUUAGUCCGGCCAUGAUUGAAACACGAAACCGCGUCUGGUGGACAGCAUAUGCACUAGAGAGCAACUUGCUGCGGCAUUGCCAAAUGCAAGGGGCAUGCAAAAUUGUCUUGCGUUUGUUGGCGAUGAAGAGUGCUUUCACAAAAUGGUGGGCCUCCCUCCCGAGUGAUGCUCUAAACAACGAAACACUGGAAUCCGCACAUAUACGCUCGGCAAUGCAUUUAAGACUCGAAUACUGCUUAAUUCGUAUGUUUGUCGGAAGACCCUUCCUUCUCAAACAAGAAACAUCGGACUCCAGCACAAGUUCACCUGCUCAGAUGAACAAUACCACCGAAAGUCACCCCAGGAUAACCGAGGGAGGGUCACAUAGAUCCAUGAUAGGUCGAAAGGACUUGAUCAAUGACUGUAUUCAGGCAGCGAACGAGGCACUGGAUAUUUGCCAGCGACUACGAGAUAGCGGAAUAGGUCUUGCACGAGCCUCGUACAUCGAAUAUAGCUCAUGUCGGGCGUCUUUACUCGUGCUGAUUGCCUACUCAAUCCAAAGUUUCUCUGAGCAAUUCCGCAAGCCCUUAUACAACGGAUUGACCAUGAUCCGCGAAAUGUCAGCGGCAGGGGAAUCGGCGAGAUCUGAAGUGUCAUUGAUUGAAUCACUCGAGCGGGCGCUUGCUCGCUUACACACUGCAACAAAACACAGGGAGUUGGGAAAUAUUCAGGAAAAGUCGGUGUCGGAUUACGAGGCUUUCAAGAAAUGGGGAACCAAUUUGACCGAAAGAAGCGAGUCUCGCUCGUCUGGAUCGGACCCAGAUCCUCUGGCUUGCCAGGUUGGAGAAAAUGGGUUACCAUCUAGUCGGCCUACAGCCUUUGACACAUACCUCAAUCCUUCGUUCACCAUUGAUGGUGACAUCUUCAAUGGCAUUGAUCCUUCGAUUGAAAUGUUCAUACUUGGCGCCGAAACCUUCUCUCCCUCCACCGAGUGGCCUACAUAUAACGAGGCACAGGUGCUGGGGCAAUUUCUCACGGAUCCUAACUUCGUGGCCGAUGAAGGAACAUGA